AUGGACGCCGAAGCAAAAUCAUUUCAUGCAGUCACAGAAGUCCUACCAUCACCUGAAAACAUCCAACAUGCCCGUUCCCAACUCAUCAAGACCCUCCCUGGCAAAGGCAGUGGACUAGACCAGAUCCAAAAACAUCUGCAGAACGACCUUGUACCCGCCUUCGACCGCCACAACAAGACUCCAAACUACUAUGGCUUCGUCACUGGCGGCACAACGCCCGCCUCACUCCUGGCCGACCACAUUGCCGUGGACAACGACCAGAGCUUGAUGGUGCAUCUGCCCAAAGAUUCGAUUUCAGUAGAGGCAGAGGACUGUGCGUUACGGAUGCUGUGCCAGCUUCUUGACUUUGAGCCGGAGAGAUGGCCUCACCGCACAUUCACGACUGGGGCUACGGCGAGCAAUGUCCUUGGUCUGGCGUGCGGACGGGAGUACGUGAUCCGGCGAGCAGCGGAAGUGAAUGGAGGAGAAGUUGUCUCUGUCGCCGACUAUGGACUGCCAGAGGCGAUGCGGCGGGCUGGGAUAGAGAAUAUGCAGAUACUCUCGGAAGUACCACACUCGUCGCUUCGCAAAGCUGCAUCAAUCGUCGGGCUAGGCAGAGCGAGUGUCCGAAACGUAGGCCUCGCGAACGCAGCCCACCGUUUCGACUUCGAGGCAUUAGAAGCCGCGCUUGAAGAACCCAGGACAGCAUCCAUAGUAUCCAUCUCAUGCUCCGAAAUCAACACCGGCUUCUUCGCCACCAGCGGCGACGACAUGCAGCGCAUCCGCCAACUCUGCGACCAAUACGGCGCCUGGAUCCACGUAGACGCCGCCUUCGGCCUCCUCGCCAGAGUUCUCCCGCAAACACCAGAGUACGAAGUGCUCACCCAGGGGGUCAAAGACCUCCACCUCGCCGACUCCAUAACCGGCGACGGACACAAACUCCUCAAUGUACCCUACGACUGCGGCUUCUUCUUCUCGCGCCACCUGGAUCUUGGGACGGCAGUGUUCCAGAAUACCAACGCUGCUUACAUCAAUUCCAACGCUGCAGCUACCAGCUCAGGGACUCCUUCUAUCCCAUCACCGCUCAACAUCGGCAUUGAGAACUCGCGCCGCUUUCGCGCGCUGCCUGUCUACGCCUCCCUCACCGCGUAUGGAAGGAACGGGUACCGGGAUAUGAUGGAACGGCAGAUUAGCUUGGCGCGAGCGAUUGCGAAGUACAUUGACAACUCUGUGCACUGCGAGUUACUUCCCAAAGGCAACUCCAUCGACAACAUCUACAUCAUCGUGCUCUUCCAGGCAAAGGACGAGAAUAUAAACGACGAGCUAGUGCAGCGCAUCAACGCAACCCGCAAAAUCUAUGUCAGCGGGACACAAUGGGACGGCAGACCAGCGGCUCGGUUCGCGGUGGCGAGCUGGCAGGUCCAGGUUGAGCGGGAGAUGGCUACGAUCAAGGAGGUUCUGGAGAGCGCGUGCACGUGA